UAUGACAAUAUCCAAUUCAAGCGUAUUAUUUACGAAAUGUGCUAAUUUAAGUCAAAAGUUCAGCAUUUCCUAUCAGACUUUGCGAAACUGUUUUUUCUGCUGACAGAACGAAUUUGUUUACCUACCUUCUUUGAUUUUAUUGCACUUUCGAACAUCGAGUAACAAAUGAACGAGCGGGUCUUGCAAACGUGACUUUUUAUUUCCAUUUCUGUGUAAAAUGUCGAAGAAGCCUUACGUUACCCAGGAGGACAGUCCAAAUCUUGUGAUUGUCCCUAUUGAUAACAUCGAUACGCUCUACGAACCCCCACCUAAGAAAGUCAAAGAAAGUGAUGCUCCUUUGCCUGCUCCUACUCCAAGCAUUAAUAGUCAUACUAGUGUUUUUGCAAGAAAAUCUGGUGCAAAACUGAAUUUCAGUGGCAGAAAUAAUGAUGUCCUGAUUGAUGUACGCAAAGUUCAAAGGUCACCAACAAGUUGGGCAACUAAUUAUCUUCAGAGUAUUGGUGGGACUUCAACAAAGUUUGACAGAAUUUAUUGCUUGGCGUCAAAACCAACGUCCCAUCUCACACAUACGGAAACCAUACCAGGAAACAGAGAAACUACUUUACCAAAUACUCUUAUUCAACAUCAAACUAACACACAAUCAGAUCAGAUAAUAAUGGAGAAAAAAAAUUCUCAACCAAAGAUUAACAUCAAUCUUAUAAAACCUAAACCUGUACCUCAACCCACCAUAGCCAAAGAAACUGGUAAGCCAAAUUGUAACACCAACAAUAAUAUAUCAACAAGUACUACAGAUGUACGAAAAGAACCGUCUUUGCCAAAAAAUUACAAGAUACCCAUGCAAUCAAAAUACAAUAAGCUUUCAAUUCACCCAGUAACAGACAAAGAAACUGCUAGGCCAAAUAUCACCAAUAGCAUUUGUAUACAAAACAGCAUUAUACCAAAAAAACAGGCAUUCAUUUCAUCAUCAAAAAAUAAUAACGAGAUCAUUAAAACAAACCAUUAUAAAAUUUCAACCCCAACUACAGCAACAACCAAACAAAUUGCCGACAAAAAUAAGAAUAAAAAGCCAAAUCAAUUAAAACAUGAAUUGAAUAAUAGCCAGUACAAAAAUAACCAAGACAAAGCUCAGGUAAAGAUUAACAAAAAUACCGAACAACCCAAAAAUGGCAAUGAAAUAAAACAGCUGAAAAAGAAAGUUACAGUUCAGCACAUUGAUAAACAAUAUACAACAAAAUGUGUUGAACGAAUGCCACCUAAAUAUAAAGAAACUCAUCAAAGUCAACCGGUAAACAACAAAGAAAACGAUCAACCUAAGCAUGUUAAGGUAAUUAAACAGCUUAAAGCAAUCAAAGAAACAACUAAGCCAAGGGAUUAUAAAGACCCCAGCCCGUCCAGAAACACAAACGAAAAUAUAACUCGUAAAACAAAUGAAGCUAUUAUUGCUCAUAUUAAAACUAUUAAAGAUAUGUAUAAAUUAAAGAAUAAAAAAGAGCCUACUUUUUCUACUAAACUUAAAACGAAAAAAGAACAUAUUUCAGAUAUAUCUAAAAAAGUCAGUAAAUUAGAAAAACAUACUAAAUCGAAAGACAGUCGAAGCCAAGAAAUCCAGUCAAAAAAACCUAAGGACAAGCCAGUCAUAAACAAAGAAACGCAUUUGCCGCGAACUGUUUUAACAAAGGAAGAUAUUAAUGAAAAACUAAAAAAGAAACGUGCCACAGAAAAAAAAACGGGUCAAGGUGAAUAUUCGGGAAGUAAGACUAAAAAAAUUAAAUUGUCUUCGCCUGAUACUAACACAGCCAAAAUGACAACGUGUAAAUCUGUCCAUGAUGAAAGAUUAAGUAAAAGUAUCUCCCCUAUCAAAAGCGUCGUUUCCCGAAUAAAAACAGACCCUCAAUCUCAUAAUUCUGAAAAGUAUUACCAUAAAGAGUCAGGCUAUUAUCACUCGCAUUAUGAAAAAAUAUCGACCAAAAAACCUGAUUAUCACUGUCAAAAUUCAGAAAAACUUGUGCAAAGAGGUUUAGACGUUGAUUUAAGAACAAAACUUAAGUGUAAAUAUCCUAAAAUCCAUUACCGAAAAGAAGACUAUAACUGGAACCAUAUUCACAAGAAAGACAAGUUCACCACAGUGCCAAACGGAGACCGAUUUGUGCCCGAGGAAAAUUUAAUUAUAUCAUUUAAUGCGGAAGACGACAAUGAAGAAAAACCUACAAUGAAAAAGUCACCGGUAAAGAAAUUGGCGCGUAAGCAAUCGUCACCUAAAGAUAAAAAAUGUAAAAAAAUAAAGCUAGAAAUCAAUAUUGUAUUUGGCCACGGGGAUUCAAGUGAUGAAGAAUCAACCAAAGGUGAGGUCGAGACAAUGGAAAAUAUGGACCUUAGUUUCCUUGAUGACUUCAAUGUAGAUGAAAUAGCUGAAAGUCUAAAUGAGUGUAAAGACUGUACCAGAAAAAUGAAUGAGGAAGAAACCGUUGGUGAUAUCAACGCACAACACAUCAUAUCAAACAACAAUACGAUAAUAGAAGCUAUGGCUAGUGAAGAAAGUGUGAUAUUUAAUACAAAUGAAAGUAUGUGUAAAGAUGAGUUUGCCGAAAAUAAAACAGAAUAUCGCCAAGAACCUACAUUGCUGCCAACAGUCGAUAAAAAUUGUGCCUGCUGUGAAGAAACCCAAAACACAAUUAAGUCGGAUAUAAGUACAGGGUUAGAUAAUACAACUACAGAACAAAGCGCCAGUCCUGGAACCAAAACGGAUAUAUUCCAGAAUUACAAUUCUGAAGACAAUAACGUACGGGCUCUAUCUUCGGAAGUACCUACGGUAAAUACGAGUUCUGAGAAUUGUACCAACUCUGAUCACAAUAGGAAUAUACCAAUUGAUAAAGCUCAAGAAUCUACCGCGAUGAAUAUGAGUAAAGCAAAUGUUGAUAUAGAAAUAAACGACAAUAAAAAUUUGAUUACAAUGCUAGAGAAUAAUUCUGAACGAGCUGAGAAAACACAUACAGAUAACGAUUUGCUGUUAGUGAAGAAAAUGGACCAUUCAGACAUCAUAAAACAACAUCUAAGUUCUGAAAUACCUGUGGCAACGUCGAAUUCUGAUAGUAAUAUUUACUCUGAUCACAACGAUCUUAUAGAUGCUCUUCAAGAUAAUAGUAAUGUAGAAAUAAAUGCGAUUAAGUCCUUUAUUGCCUCUAUGAACAAUAAUACCGAUGAAAAUAAUGUAAAACGUUCUGAAGUUGAAAAGUCGUCGGCAGUUACAAAGUAUUCGAAUACGCCUUACAAAACUAAGAUUAAACAAAUGGAGACAGUCAAGACUUCUGACCAUAAUACAACUGAAAUAUUGACGUGCAUUAAACCAGAUCCUGAUGUUAUUUUAAUUGAAGAUUCAGACAGUGAACAUGAAACAGAAGUUAAUAACAAACAGCCGACGAAAGACGAAAAUGCAGAAAACAUACAGCCUAACCAGGUAAUUUCGCCAAAUAAAAAAGAUGAAGUAAGAAUUAUAGAACCUGCUGGAGAAAAUUCUAAAUCAAUAUUAAUAUUAGAUACAAAUGAAGAAGACCUACAGUCUGCUAAGGAAACUUGCCCAGUGAAAUCAGAUGAAGUAAUAACUAUUGAACCUACUGGCGUAAACUCAGAAUCAGUAUUAAUAUUAGACACAGACUACGACAUUGAAGAAAGUAUCGAUACUAGCCAGUUAGAUGAAAGUAAUCAGGACGCUAAUAGUGAAAAUAUAACUAUGGUUGAACAAAGAAAGCCUGGCAAAACAGCACUGAAAGAUACUUGCAUCGAAAUUAAAACCAAUACGAAUACUGAAAUUAAUUCGGAAAGUGAAAAAACUUUAAUUCAAGAUAAGGUAACAAAUAAAACACAACAUGGAACAACAAGCAUACAUAGCAAAGAUAAGAAAGAUAAUUUACAGGAUACAAUUAAAGUAGCCGGUAAUACUGAUACAAAAACAUCUGAUAAGCCUCCAAGUAAAAAACCAACAGCAGCGGACGAUAUUCCCGAAAAUUUUACACCAGAUACAAAAACACAGAAUGUUAGCACAAAACUUGAUACAAAGGCGCACAAUAAAGAAAAAGAAGUUGACAAAGAUAGUGAACACCCGGGAGUCGAAAGAAGCCGCUGUAUAGCCAAUAACAAAUUUAUACAAACACUGGAAUCAGAAAUGUUUUUGUAUUUGGGAGAAAAAUGCAUAGUUACAGACGUAAUACGAUAUGGAAAAUACUCCAAAAUAUAUCGUUGCAAAGAUUCUAGCAAACUGGAUUAUGCUAUAAAAGUAUUGAAAAAACAUUUCGACGGUUACAACGUAGGCCUUCAGAAGCAAAAUAUGAUGAUGGAACUGCAAAACGGCGUUCCAGAGAACAAUCUCAACUGUGUCCGUUUGAUCACCGGAUUUGUGGCAUCUGGGUUAUGGUGUUACUUGAUGGAGUAUUAUCCCAUGAAUCUCCAGCAAGCCAUUGUUGAGAACAAAAGAAGUUUUCACAUUGAUCAUGUGCAGAUUUUGAGCAGACAGUUGGUCUCUGCUGUUACUAUAUUGAGGAACAAUAAUAUCAUACAUUCAGAUAUAAAACCAAGCCACAUCCUCAUCAACUCAUCCCAAACCCGAAUAAAACUCUGCGGCUUCGACCAAGCAACCUACUUCAAAGACAGCAACCUCUUACCCAACACCGGCACUGUCAACUACAGGGCCCCAGAGCUCAUACUAGGCUAUCCCGCCGGCUACGGGAUAGACGUGUGGUCGACAGCGCUAGUUAUGUACGAGAUGGCGACCUAUAGGAAGCUCUUCCCUGGGUUUUAUAAUAAUAAUAUAUUGUACCAGCAGUUGUGUUCGCUCGGUGCUAUUCCUAUGGAGAUGUUGAUGGAGUCCAAGUUUAGGAAUGCGCAUUUCAGGGGCACGGCGUUUACGAAAAUUGUUGGGAGUAAAGAGAAAAUCAUAAUAAAUGAGAUCGAAUUCAACGGGAGACUGAAUGCCACCCUAUACCAAGUAUACACCGCCGAUUGGGGGAAAGAGAGAGACGUGGCGAGCAAGCGAGAGGACAAGAGGAAACUCCGCGCGUUUUUGGACCUCCUUCAUAAUAUGCUAGUUAUGCAUCCGCGGUGCAGGAUCGCUAUUGAAUUCGUGUUCGCUAACCCUUUCAUUUACGAGUCCUUCGAUGACUGUUGAUUCGAUUUUUUUUAUUUGCCUUUUUUGGUGUCCCACUGCUGGGCAAAGGCCUCCCCUCUUUUUCUCCCCUCGAUCCUGUCAUCGGCAUUUUCCCACCAUUUGGGGUAGAAUGCGUCCAAGUCGUCCCGCCAUCUUCUUUUCGGUCUGCCUGAACCACGGCGUGGCGUCUAUUGUGUUGAUUAGUUAAGUGAAGAUUAUAGGAGAAUGUUUACGUUUGAUUUGUUUAAUUUUGUUAUGUGAAGAGUAAAUUUUAAGUUUUCUAUU